AAUACACUCGCGAUCUGUUGCGCCUCACGAAGAGUAUUUUCUUUUGAUCAUCAGAAGAGUUCCAUUUAAUGAAGAGUUAUAUUGGAGUUAAAUAUUCUGAUAAUUCGUAUUAAUUGUUUUCAUUUGAAAAAGUAACAAGUGACGUUUUUAAAAGCGUAAAUGCAAACUUAGUGAAUAUAAAGUGUGUUUAGUUAGGUUAACGUUAUGGAAGUAUUACAUCAGAAUGGAUAUUUGUGCAAAGAGUUAUAAAUAUCAAAAGCAUGGCGAAAUUAUUAAAAACUGAUAUAAAUGGAAUAAAGCGUCUUCUUUCUCAAUAUUCUCGAACAAAUAAAGAAAAUCAUACGUACAUUUUAGUCCUACAGAGUUGUUUGUGACACUAAUCCGGCAAAGUAAACACUAUGAAUAACAAUGAUAAUAAAUUUUUAAUAUAAAGUGACAGCUUGUAGGAGAAAGUCAAUGUAAAAUCAAAAUAGAAAUAGGAGAAGCUCAAGCAAUCUGUCUUAUAAAGCUAUCACAGUAGUAAUUCUGUAUGACAAUCACGGUGAUCAGUCCCGUCUGUUUUGCUUAUAUCAUGAUUAUUGAGAAGGUUAGAACUAAUCAAUCAUAGUGACAAAUACUACAUUCACGCUUCAAAUGCCGCGAAUAUGGUAACACGUUCACGCGGAAGCACAUUGGUACAAUGAAUUCAGAGUCUUUUGUGCGCUUCAGUCGGAGUUUUAAUUCAUUAUCGUGGGAGAAAGGAGGAAUUUACUAUCAAUAUAUAUGUGAUCUCAGUAUUGUUUAAAAUCGGAUUAAUUGCAUCGUCAGAUGAUUACAGUUAAGAAAACAUAGUCGCAUACAGUAUAGUUUAAAAAUGCAGAAACUAAGACUAUAUAUUAUGUAAUUGAAAAUGCUACCCUUAAGACUUGAUCAUAUUCUGCGGAUUUACUUGUGCAUUGUUCAACUUCUAUUUCUUAGCACUUUCCUGAUUUCUAAUUUAGUUACCGUUUGUACAGCAGCUAUAGACUACGUAGAUGACUACGAAGGUCCAACCUAUUUUAUUCCUCAACCGAACAACGUAACUUUUAAGCCAGGCCAAACGGCACUCCUUAGGUGUUCCGUCGAAAAUCUUGGCAAAAAAUAUAUUGUGUGGCGGAAAGCCGCUGAGCCCCAUCCGAUAUCAGUUGGAACUGUAAUAUACUCACCAGACACACGUUACACCGUCCAGUUUUCCCCGGAGAGACGCGAGUACAAUCUCCAGAUCCGCGGCCUCACCAACACAGACUCAGGCGUGUACGAGUGCCAGGUUAGCUCACGGGAGAAACUCGUGAGACACGUGCUGCUCAGAGUAGAAGGGCGUCCAAACAAUUUGCCUUCUAAGUCACAAAUAUCUAGAGACUCGGAUGAUCCAGCAAUGAAUCCGUCAUACGUCAUGCCAGAAAUAUUCCUUUCAGGCAAAGAAUACGUCAACAGUGGCGAGACAAUUUAUCUCGUUUGUAACGUGACAGGAAAUACAGAUAUCCCUCAAGAUGUUGAUUGGUUUAAAAAUGGCCAUUUGUUACGGUCACAUGUCUCAAAGAAAAUAAAAAUAGUUAAAGUGACUUCUAUGGCUAAACGGAAGUUGGACAGUGUUCUAGAAAUUCGGGAUAGUAAAAUAGAAGAUUCUGGAAUGUAUAUUUGUAGAAAUUCAGAAAUACUCAUAGCCAGUCAAAAGGUCACAGUUUUAAAUGAGGAGAAGUCAAAUACGGGUAAACGAGGCACAGCAGCGGAGGCGAAGAGUGGUCAAAUGUGCAAUAAACAGUGGUGGACACUUUUCCUUGCAGUGUUUCUUUCCAUGGUUGUCACAGAUGUUUUUCUCUACCUCAGAUGACAUCAGUUGUGACGUCACAUUGACGCUUUCAAGUGCAAUAUACAUUCCAAAUAUUUACAUGUUCUCGGCACUCAUCCAUCUUUAUGUAAAGUCAUUAUUUAUUUAUACCAUUAAUCAUUUCUAUGAUGUCUUACUUUUUGCUAAACUUCAAACGACGUUUCUCAUUUCAAAGUGUUAAUUGCCAAAUAUUGACACAUUUUAUAAAGAACAAGCCUUGAUUUAUUUGUCUUAAGUAUGAAACACUUCUAUUGCACAAUGUAUGCUUUUUAUCGCCACAUGGUAAUGCCUAAUAUUUAGUUGUUUCACAAAGGGAUUUGAUCAUGUAAUGUCAACACGACGAGGUAUACCAUACCAUGUUGUCAAAACUAUGUCGACGUGUUUUCUAAUUAGCUGGAUAUGUAGACCUGUUCAUUUAUUUACUUGAUACUUGUUGACCUUUUUACUAGAUUUUUCGACUUAGUUUCUAUCGACAAAUUAGGUUACACACAUUUAAGAAUACAUAUUAAAGAACGAAUUCUGUGUAUCCAUACAUGGUGUUAACUGAAGUCCCUGAAAGUAGGCAUACAUGUACUUCCAUAUGUAUAGUUUUUUUUAAAAAUUGUGUUAUUUAUUAUAGAUAUUUGAACCUCAUCUUUGCUUACACCACUUUUUUAUAUUCCAAAGGGAUGCAUUUGAUUGUGUCUAAAUAUCAGGUACAUUUGUGUCCGUUUAUCUUACAUGAAUAUGAAUAUAAUAAAUUAUAUUUUUAAAUACAAAUAAACCAAAAAGUUGAAUAUAAAUGAUUAAGAUGAGUUUAAUUACUUAGCUUUAGAAAAUGGAAUAUCUUAUUGAAACGAGUUUUAUUUGGCUUGGUUGAUUUUGUGUUGGCUACAGAUCGAAUAUAUUAAUGAUGUCAUCAUGUUGUAUCGUCGAUUUCUGAUAUGUCGACUUGACGAGAUAAAUCCCGACUAUAAAUAUGAUUAAAAUAGCAUCGAAUUUUCCGGGUUUUUUUUACUGGAUACGAGGACUUACUUUUUGUGUUGACAAAGUUAUGAACGCGUUAUGUUGACUUUAUUUACAAUGAAAUAUAUAUGGUAUGAUCUCCUUUUUCAUUUAGUUCAAGCAACAUACCCAGUUCAUAAGUGCACUAGUCAACAACAAAAUGAGAAAAUGUCAUGAUAUCAUCACUCGUCAGAUCGAUAUAUAACAAAUCGACAAGACAACAUAAUCAUAUCAUAAGUAAACACGACGAACGCUUCCAAAUUUUACAAACGAAUGAAGAAUUUAAGAUCAGUUCGGAAUAAAACAUGUCGAUUUUUUGCGAUCUAAAAAUGGCUGAUCUAUCAAAUCACUGUACAUGUAAAGAAAAAUACCUUUGACAUUUCUGUAAAACGCUUAUGUUCGCUAAAUUUAUUGUUUGCAGGUAUUGUUUUUUUACUACUUAUUGUAAAACAAAUGAUGAAAAUGAAAAAUAAAGGAAAAAAAUCUU